AUGGUAGACUUUGAACAAUCACGCCCUUACUACCCAGGAACCCCAACCCCUAUGGAAAACUACGGCCAGAUGAUGAAUCAACCCAUUGGACGCCUGUCUUAUCCACCAGGGCACCCCAUGCCUCCGGUCCCUGUAUACCCAGAAUGGAAUCAUCCUGUCCACGAGCCGCUGCGACAGGAUGUUGGACCCCUGAGUGCCCCGGAAAGCCCAACUUAUAUUGUGGAAAGAGCCAACCGGCGAGGUGCAGAUGCAAACCGCGGAAGCUCCCAGUACAUUUCCCAGAGACGAUCCUCCAUCCGGGGUGAUGAAUUCGAUGGCCCCCAUCAAAUCCUGGACCCGCCUUCGUCUCGAAAUGUGCCCACUCGAGAGGAAGAGCUGCCCCAGCUGCCCACUAACCUAGAUGCUGCUGAACAGGACAAGAUCCUGCAUGAAGUCAAUGACCGUCUUUCUCUGUCAGCCUAUGAGUUUUUUGCAAGAUACCAAUUCCCCAUUCCCCUGGAAACGGACAAGAGGCCUGUCCAAGUUCCUUCAGACCGGGAGUGGAAUGAAUGGGUGCAUCUUUUGAAAAGACUUGCUACUAGACGUCGUAUCCCCCGACACACUCUGCACAACGGCCAAAUCAAACAGCUCAUCACUGUUCUUGAAAACUCCCUGGAGAUGCGUCAUGCUGCCAAGCAUAGCUCAAGACCCGUCAAGGAUGACCGUAAUGUGCUUCAGCUCAUCUCCGCGGGAACGCAGGUUGCGAAAAUCCUCAAGGAUUCCAGCGCCAUGCAGUUCUUCGAUCGUCUUUAUGUGGACACGGAGAAGAUGAUUCAUGACCGACGCCGCCGCGUCAGAUUUGCUAGCCCUUGA